AUGAUUGAUAGGUGGCUACAAGCCUGUGACCAGAACCACUUAGCCUGUGAUGUGGACGCCUACGCCCAACACGUGGCGUCUGUCGGUCCCAGGCCUUGUGUCGAGAGAUACGAAGAGGAAAGCGUCUCUCGCUUCGUCAAACUCGUUAUAAGCAGCAAGAGCCGCCAGGAGUCUAGGGCCGCCUUUGAGGGUCUCCGGGCAUGGGCGAAGAGAAUGAGCGCAGCGCCAACAAGGCGUAAUCAGCCAGCCGAUGCUGGCCGGGGCGAGGGUACAAAGACGUAUCACCCAACACGACUCAUCGAUGUAGGGUCUAUAGACCAACAUCGUGAGCCUCGUCUUGUUCUUGAAUCAGAAUGUCCUCUCGGGGCCAGGUGUCUUGCUUUGAGUCACUGCUGGGGUUUGCAAUCUGCUCACCCUGUUCCCCAAACUGUAAAGGACAACUAUGGAACUCACAGGGCAGAGAUCACUUUUACCAAGCUGCCAAAAACUUUUCAAGACACCAUAGUUUUCGCUCGCAAACUCCAUAUACAUUACGUGUGGAUCGAUUCUUUUUGCAUCAUCCAAGACGAUGCCGACGACUGGGAAAAAGAAUCAGCACGCAUGGGCGAUGUCUAUAAAAAUGCUUACUGCACCCUUGCCGCCUCCGCAUCAUCUAACAGUUCCGAGGGCCUAUUUCAUCAACGCUCCUUCGACGACGGCCUCAAGCCCGCCUCCCUUGACCUAGAGCUGCCCUCACAUAACGGCAUAGAUCUUGCCAAGGUCGUCAUUUCCCCGCCUCUCCGUAACCCACGAGUGGAUGUCACACGCGCCAUUCUGACAACGCGCGCAUGGACCAUGCAGGAGCGUGCAUUGUCUCGGCGAAUUGUACAUUUUACUAAAACCCGUCUCGUUUGGGAAUGCCGUACCUGCACCCUUGAUGAUACAAGCCCUGAAGAUGAGAAGAAGUAUACCUCAGCAAUGCCGUUGACGUGGUAUCAGGACGGGGAGACAAUACGUGACUCCUCAGAUACAAGGACGGUCUCCGAGUAUUGCGCUAACCUGUGGCGGACCCUCAUGCAAUACUUCAGUGGCCGUGAUAUCACCUAUGAGAAGGAUACCUUUCCUGCUGUGUCGGGCCUGGCCAAGACGUUGCAGCCGUUCAUUGGGGGACGGUAUUUCGCCGGUAUAUGGGAGAACGAUGUUCUGAACGGACUGGCUUGGAAACUCUCAGAUAGAUAUGAUUUUCGAACCCCUGAUGCUCCCGAACCCAAAUACGAAGGCAGCUACUCGCCCUCUUAG